UGAUUGUGAAGAUGAAUGAGAAUGGGAACGAGUGAUGUUGGGGACGCGCAUAAAUGCUUACUGUGAUAACAUGGCUAUGUGCAUAAGCUCAUCUCAAACCGCGACAGCCCAUUCUCGUUGAUCCGUGUUCACAACGUUCAACCACAAACGAAGCACCAUGCUUCGACAGUACGUCGGGCUGGCAUGUAAGACUAUUGGUAUCCCAAGACAUUACCGAGCACCUCCGAAUCUCUCAAGAUGCUUCUCUACCGAGAGCAACGGCCCCAGUGCACCCCUUGUAUAUCCUGAGCCACCCAGUGCGCACCACAGUAGCCUCGAAUCUUUUCUCGCCUAUGCCGAACGCUGGCAACUCGACAGAGCCUCCACCGUAUACGUGGGUACCCUCUAUGAGUACACCAUCGCCAAAUCGCUGGAGCGCUACGGCUUCCACCUGAGGCGCGUCGGCGGCGCGUCAGAUUACGGCAUCGACCUGCUGGGAGAGUGGAAGCCGCCCUCCACGUCCACCACUCUCCGUGUCCUCAUCCAGUGCAAGGGCGGCGCGCAGCGCGUUGGACCGAAUCUCAUCCGCGAACUGGAGGGGGCCUUUGUCGGUGCGCCUGCUGGAUGGCGCGGUCAGGGCGUGCUGGGGCUCAUGGUCGCGCAGAGGCCAGCGACGAAGGGCGUCCGGGACUCGCUCGGGAGGAGCAGAUGGCCUAUGGGCUAUCUUUUCUGCGAGGCGGAGGGCGAGGUGAAGCAAAUGAUUUGGAACCGGCGCGCAGAGGAGGAAGGCUUGGAGGGAUUCGGUGUCACGACGAGGCACGUCGAAUCCAAAGCGGAUCCAGAGCUGGCGCUGAUGAAGCAAGGCAAGCUUUUGCCUCUGGUCACGACAAAUGGAUAAGAAACAUGGCUGUGAUGCUACGCUACAUGAUGGCCUGCUCUUUUAGGACCUAAUAGGCUGCUGCCUGGUGCGAGCAUGCAAAGGGUCGAGUUGAUCUGUAAACCCCGUCAAUUGCAUGCGUGCAUGCGCGGCCAAAGGCCUCGACUGGCUCGCACGCUCACACCGCAGCUGGCCUGCAGACUGGAGGCUUUGCAAUGCAAUCAAUAAUGUGAACUAGCGGCAGGGGCCAAAAGCGACAUUCAAAUGCCGAUGAGUAUCAUUAAGGGACUUGAUAGGUGCCCGCUGACCAAUGGCUGACAUGAUGCUAUUGAAUGUUGGAGU